AACGGUCCAACACAGCCGAUACGGCGGUUCUUGGGUCUCGAGACUGUAUUUUGAAUGUGGGGGAGAAUAACGGCUGUGAUGCGCGCGCGCGCGCGCGGUCAUUGACGGCCGGACGGUUAGAGCAGGUGUGCGGGCGACCCCCUCGGGGUAGCGGCGGCGGAAGUCUCUAGAAAAUGGAUUUCACAGAAGCGUACUCUGAUACCUGUUCUGCGGCUGGAUUUGCUGCAAGAAUGGGAAAUGCAGAACUUUUGAAAGAAUUGAUUAAAAAAGGUCACAGUCUUGACAUUGCAGACAACCGGGGUUGGCGUCCUAUCCAUGAAGCGGCAAGUCGCAAUCAUUUGAGAUGUUUGAGGCUUUUAUUACAAACAGCUCCAUCCACUGCAUGCAUAAAAACCUUUGAAGGUGAAACGGCUCUGCAUCUAGCUGCCAAGUGUGGUCAUUUGAAAAAUGUUAAUUGUUUGCUAAAGGCUGGGAUAGAUCCAAAUGAAGUCACUAAGGAAAACACAACACCACUCUUCUUAGCUGUUGAAAAAGGGGACUUAGCUGUUAUAAGAGCUCUACUAAGACAUGGAGCAAGAAUUAAUGGAUUCCAUUCCUCAUGUUUAUGGAGUGUUGUGCAUCAAGCUGCUUAUCAGGAACACAAAGAAGUACUGACUUUCUUACUUGAGAAGGGGGCUGACAAAGAAGCCAGGGACGAUUAUGGAAUUACACCAUUGUUUCUUGCUGCUCAGUACGGAAAAUUGGAAAGUCUAAGGAUUCUUUUACAACAUGGUAGUGAUGAUAAUUGUCAGGCCUUUGAUAAGGCCACACCAUUGUUCAUAGCAGCCCAGGAAGGCCAUAGUGAAUGUGUGGAAUUGCUGUUAUCAAAUGGGGCUGAUGCAAAUCUCUACUGCAGUGAAGAUGAUUGGCAGUUACCCAUUCAUGCUGCAGCCCAGAUGGGAAAAGUCAAGGUACUGGAACUUCUGAUGCCAGUCACUGAUCAAAUAUGUGAUACAGCGAGAGAUAAAGUGAGCCCAGUCUAUUCAGCAGUGUAUGGAGGACAUCAAGAAUGCUUAAAAAUGUUAUUGCAAGCAGGAUACACUCCUGAUGCCCAGCAGUGCCCGCUUUAUGAGUGUUUAUCACCGUUGUGCAUGGCGUUUUCUCGGAGAUUCUUUGAAAUUGUUCACAUCCUCCUUAAAGCUGGGGCUGUUGUAACAGGUCUUCAUUACCGUUACUGCCUACAAUAUCAGAACUUCAAGUUACUUCACUUCUUUUUGGAACAAGGUUACUCCCUGCCAUCGGGCAGUUACAUGGAUGACAUUGUAAAGUAUGGGUUACUAGUGCAGCACCAGUAUAAGCAGUGGUUACCUCGUCUACUUCUGGCUGGAUUGAAUCCUUUGGAUCUACUUUGCGAAAUGUGGAUAAAUGCUGCCAAUGAUGAAGUGCUUAACUUUACUCUGGAGUUUACAAACUGGAAGAGGCUUCCUUCUGAUGUGGGACAGGUUUUUUUCUGCCGUGCAUCAAGCUCCAUGUGCCCACAACAGAAAUACUUUGAUAAUAACCCUUCAUUAGCACACCUCUGCCGAUUAAAGAUCCGAUCAACUCUGAAAAGUGAAUACUUUCGUUCUGAUCAGUAUAUUCAGCAGUUGCCGCUUCCAGCUUGUCUACAUGAUUUUCUUCUUUACAAGGAUGUAUUAAAAUUGUACCACAUUCCAGAAAUUUCCAAGAAUCAAACCGAAAUGGAGAAAUUAAUUGAACAAGAAACUAAAGAAUAUGGGACUUGAUGGGACGUAAAUGGAUGCUUGGAUAUUGUGUCUUAACUCUUAAGCUGUCACCAUUAAAUAAUUGUCGAUAUAUAAAUCAGUGGCAGUUUAUGGGUUCCAUAGAUCAAGUCUGACUCUAUUACAUCAGUUUUGCAAGGCUUGCAUUAUAAAAUAGGAAAGAUGGACCCUGGAUAAUUCUUAUUUAUGAUGUGACACACAAGAGCAAGCGCUGCAGAAAUCUAACGUCGUCUCCCAACUAUUGGUUUUGCAGCUCUGAACAUUGGUAACCAGGUGGUGACUGAAAUACUGCAAAAUUUGCCUUCCCUAAUAAUUAAUGUGACUUUUUUCCUGUGCAGUCAAAUAUUAAGUUACAUUGAAAUGGUGUAUGUCUUGAUUAAAAGGAGACUCUUACAGCAUAAUGUGUAAUGUUGUAUGAGUCCCAGUCAACCCAACAGUCAAUGUAACUAUUAUGUGUUGCAACAGGAUUUGGUGUGAUUGAAAGAAUGAUAUCCAGGUAUUUUAAUCAAACUAAAAGGUGCUUUAUUAACAAAAUACAACACAAGCUGGGGAUGUCAUUACUUGGCGACGUCCCUUCCGAUGUGAAAGGCACAAUAUAAACGGUAAAUUUGUAUUGUUAACUGCUCCCCUCUAAGCCUUUACAUGUGAAACCUUAUUCAUGUUUAUAAAGUCCUAGAGCUUUGCCUCUGGACUCUCCGGUACGCGACCCUACUGGAAAGGCGCUAUAUAAGUGCAAGUUGUUGUUGGAGCACUUGUUCCUCUAUUCUAGGCCUAAUGCCAAAGGGUGUUUCUCCCAGCCACUAAACUGGCACUAUGGUCUGCUGUUACAGUUCCUUCUUGCACUUGAAGGUUGAUACUCUUCAUUGCUGAUCCUGACUGUGUGUCUGUAGCCAGCACUUUUUCUACAGGCAGCCGCUACUUCCUUCACAGUGCUCGCUGGAGAAUACAUCAGCCAUUUAUUUUAACAUUGCAAAAGUAUUUUAACUGUCUUCUACAGAAUUGGAACAGAAUGACAGAAUGCUAAGUACUAAAUAUUAUUAUAAUAAGUAUUAUUACUUAUGAUUGAUGCAAAUUGUUUAAACCUAAUUACAUUUGCCAAACAUGGAGAAUGAUGUACAAACAUCCGUUAAUGCUGAUUUUGCUACAUGAUGCAUUUUUUUAUAUAAGUUCCCAUCUGUUUAUUUCAGACACUUGCCUUUAUUUAAAUAUUUUCCCUCCUCCCACUUUGAAGCUCAUGGAGAGCCAUUAUUUUGCGACUGGAUUUCCAUUUUUUCUUCCUCCAGUGAAUUUCCCUUUUUUCUUUUUUCUCCUUUGCAUUUCCCUUUUUUCUCUAUUCUCUGGAUUUCCCCUUUUUCUUUCCCCCCUGGAUUUCCCCUUCUCUGAAUUUCCAUUUUUUUUUCUUCUUUCUCCUCUGGAUUUCCCUUUUUUUUCUCCCCUGUAACAUCUCUGACCUUAGUUACAUGCAGGAGAGAGACAGAUGUUCUGUGAGGCAGCUCCUCUCUUAAAAACUGAUUCAGAGCUGCUUGAAAUUGGAAAAACCCAAUACUGGCUGGUUGUACUGAUUUAUGUUCAGCCAACAUGGGGCUUCCUGGGGUCUAGUUGCUGCAGAUCACUUUCCAAGCUGAUCUAAAGUACCAAACAUGUUUAAAUGGAUGAGCUGGUUCUUCCCAUGACUCACCCAAUUCAAUUAACAAAGGAUGGGAAGUAAUGCAGAGUGAUUUGUGAACCUGUAAUUUUUUAAAAAUAACAACUAUCAUUUUUUUUACACUGUGUUGGGUAUUACUUUGGAUCUCAAACAUUCUCAGAGUUAUUUACCUGUUAAACAAAUGUUAUUGUGAAGAUACAAUUGCUUUCACUCCAUUUAUCAAUAAAUAUGCCACUUGGCCUCAUUUCA